AGAGCCAAACGCUAAAAAAAAUGCAUCAAAACCCUCUCGCCUCGCCCCAAACCCCCUCUCUACCCUAAAUCCGUCCGCUCGCCGCCGCCGCCACUUUAUGCUCGUCUGCCUCCGGCGAGGCCUCUCGCUCCUCCGGCAGCGCCCGCCCCGUUCCCUCCCCCCUCCCGCGCGCCCGCGCCCGCGCAGCACCCCAGCCCGCCUCGGCUCCCUCCGCCACCUCUCCGUCGCGGCGAUGGGGGAGAACUCCGCCGCCGAGAAGGGGAAGGAAGCGAAGGGGAAGGCGGCGGCCGCCUCGGCCCCGACCUUCGAGCCCGACGUCCCCUACCUCGAGGCGGUGACGGCGAAGCGGAUCCGCAUGUUCGAGGAGAUCCAAGCCAAGCAGGCCCUCGAGCGCCUCAGCAUCGGCGGCGAGCCCAUCAAGGUAACUUUGCCAGAUGGCGCAGUGAAGGAAUGCAAGAAAUGGAUAUCAACCCCUAUGGAUAUUGCUAAGGAGAUAUCAACUGGAUUAGCGGCUGGCUGUUUGAUAGCUCAGGUGAAUGGAACACUGUGGGAUAUGACCAGGCCACUGGAAGGUGAUUGCGAAUUGAAGUUGUUCAAAUUUGAUAGCAAUGAAGGCCGUGACACCUUCUGGCACUCAAGUGCUCAUAUUCUUGGAGAAUCUCUUGAGAGGGCAUAUGGCUGCAAAUUGUGCAUUGGACCUUGUACUACAAGAGGGGAGGGUUUCUAUUAUGAUGCCUUCUACAAUGACACAACAUUGAAUGAGACACAUUUUGGUAUCAUUGAUGCCCAAGCUCAGAAAGCUGUUGCGGAAAAGCAACCAUUUGAACGCAUUGAGGUCUCCAGGGCAGAAGCCCUUGAAAUGUUUGCAGAAAAUAAAUUUAAGGUUGAAAUCAUUAAUGAAUUGCCUGAGGACAAGACCAUUACAGUAUACAGAUGUGGUCCUUUAGUUGACCUUUGCCGUGGGCCACACAUUCCCAACACUUCCUUUGUUAAAGCUUUUGCCUGCCUCAAGGCAUCAUCAUCCUAUUGGAGGGGAAAAGCAGACCGUGAGAGCCUGCAGAGAGUAUAUGGAAUUUCUUUUCCUGAUUCAAAACGUCUCAAGGAAUACAAACAUCUGCUAGAAGAGGCUAAGAAACGUGAUCAUAGGCUCUUAGGACAGUCUCAGGAUCUCUUCUUUUUCCAUCCACUUAGUCCAGGAAGCUGUUUCUUCCUUCCAAAUGGUGCUAUAAUAUACAACAAAUUGAUGGAUUUCUUGCGAAAACAGUACAGAGAUAGAGGAUAUCAAGAGGUUUUGAGCCCGAAUAUUUACAAUAUGCAACUCUGGGAAACUUCUGGACAUGCUGCAAACUACAAGGAGAAUAUGUUUGUUUUUGAGAUUGAGAAACAGGAAUUUGGUCUAAAGCCAAUGAAUUGUCCUGGCCAUUGCCUAAUGUUUGAGCACAGGGUUCGUUCGUACAGAGAAUUACCCCUCCGGAUGGCUGAUUUUGGAGUCCUUCACAGAAAUGAGCUUAGUGGUGCACUUACAGGUUUGACACGUGUUAGAAGAUUCCAGCAGGAUGAUGCCCAUAUUUUUUGCCGAGAAAGCCAAAUCAAGGAUGAAGUUAGGGGUGUUCUAGAGUUCAUCGAUUAUGUGUACGAGAUAUUUGGAUUUAAAUAUGAAUUGGAGCUAUCAACGAGACCAGAGAAGUACUUAGGUGAUAUUGAAACCUGGAACAAAGCAGAACAACAGCUGACAGAAGCCUUAAAUGAGUUUGGGAAGCCAUGGCAGAUCAAUGAAGGCGAUGGCGCCUUCUAUGGUCCAAAAAUUGACAUUGGAGUGUUUGAUGCCCUCAAGAGGAAAUUUCAGUGUGCAACUCUACAGCUAGAUUUCCAGUUGCCGCUUCGCUUCAAGCUAACUUACUCUGCAGAGGAUGAGGCUAAACUGGAGAGGCCAGUGAUGAUCCACAGAGCAAUCCUAGGUUCUGUCGAAAGGAUGUUUGCCAUUCUUCUGGAGCAUUACAAUGGUAAAUGGCCCUUGUGGUUGAGUCCUCGCCAAGCCAUUGUUUGCUCCAUAUCUUCCAAUUCAGUGGAAUACGCUAAACAGGUCCGGGCUAGGAUACAUGAAGCUGGUUUUCAUGUUGCCAUCGAUGAGACGGACAGGACAAUACAAAAGAAGGUACGGGAGGCUCAGUUAGCCCAAUUCAACUAUAUUCUUGUCGUUGGUGCACAGGAGGCUGAGACUGGACAGGUCAGCGUCAGGGUAAGGGACAAAGCUGAACUAGCAACAGUGAGCAUUGAUGACAUCAUCACACGUUUUAAGGAGGAAGUAGCAGCUUACAAAUGAUUUUGAUUUCACACCCUCCUUUUUGCUAAGCGUUUACUUCAAAUUUGAUUUUGAUUGUGUAGCGGACAGCUCCAGAUCUUGUUAUUUAUUUUCUUGACAAAAAAAAAUUACAACUGACUGUGUUUUCUUAAUAACAAAAGUGUGUCACAUUGUUCACAGCGAUGGCUGCA